AUGGACGCACGCUCGGCGAUCGCCGACACGAUGAUGAUGGCCAUGUCGACGGCGAUACACGCCGUUCCGAGGAGAUCCUCGCGUCGCCUAUCCGAUUUCUCCGACAUUGCCCAUCUGACAGUAUCCUUCACUGGCAUCUCCCUCACCCCUCGACAGCACAAGUUGAUCAAGACGGGUUAUGAGUGCUGGCGAAACACGCAGAAGCAGACGGCCGGCGAGUGGGCCCUCGAUUAUGUGGCGCGGCGGGAUCCACAACUACGAUUGCAAUUCGAGCGUCAUCAAGAAUUGGCGAAAGCGCACGCGGCAGCCAUUACCGACGUGCUGGAGAUGGCCGUCGAGUCCGUCGAGGCAUUAGACGAUUCCCUUGGGCCGCUGCUCGUCAGCUAUGCAAGUCAGAAUGGAGUGCUCGAAGAGAAAGAAUGCUUCGACCGCAUCUACUGGUCGCGCGUCUCGGAGGCGUUAUGCCAAUUGGCGCGCCAAUUUCCGAUCAAAUCCCAGAAAUGGGAUACGGUGGCUGCAUGGCGGAUUGUGAUCCUGUUCAUCGUCAACAAGAUCGACUACGGGUUUCAGUUGGAGAAGAAGGAGGGACCACUGCUAUUGGCACAUCAGAAUGCUUCGUUUGACAAUCCCGCAUAUAAGGCA